AUGGUCGGACAUGUAAAUGAAGUGGAGGAGAUGAAAAGUGAAGUCAUGGAUAUCUCAUCCAAUGAAAGAGAAAUCGUGGAAAUUACAGAUAAAUGCUACUGCGACUUCAUCAUUGUAUUCCAUCAACUGAAGAUGUCAGCCUCGAGGAAAUGGAUGGCUUUGGAAGCGCAGAAGAAAGUUCUGACAAUUACUGUAGUUGCUGGGCUUUUAUCUAAAUGCGACGAUGUACUACAUAGAAUCAAGCAAGUUGCACAAGAUGUAAAAUCAGCAAUAUUAAAAGAUCCUGGUCAACAAUGUGAAAAGGUCCUUGCAUUGAGUUACUGUUAUUUGCCUCAACGGCUAAAGGGGUGCUUUCUAUAUUUUGAGAUUUUCCCAGAAGAUUACGCGGUCAAUGUGAAAAGAUUAACCAACCUGUGGGUUGAAAAUGACAGUAAAAGUUUGGAGGACAGAGCUGAAGAAUGUUUUCAUGAACUUGUAGAAAGAAACGUGGUUUUGGUCACGGGGAGACAAUUUCUGUGGGAACGUAAAAACAUGUAA